AUGCACCUUAAAGAGCAACGCGUGGAGGUGAUCGUAGUGGGAGCAGGGCUGGGUGGCCUGGCGACGGCCAAAACCUAUCUCGAACUGGCGCCGCAAACGGAUCUGCUGAUCCUCGAAGGGCGUUCGGCUGUAGGUGGUGUAUGGGCGCAGAACAGUUAUGAAGACCUCCGGACGAACAAUCUCUAUGGAACGUAUGAGUUCUCAGAUUUCCCACUGGACCCGCGCAAGUAUGAUGUCCGACCAGAAGCCCACAUCCCUGGGCAUGUUCUCAAGCAGUACUUCAGCGAUUUUGCAGAUCAUUUCGAUCUUCGGCGUCGGGUUCGCUUCAACACUCAUGUUCACACAAUAGCGAAAGUCGAUGGAUACUGGAAGGUUCAGGCGCAAACGAUCGACGAACGUGAUGAGACACUGUACACGUGCAACAAACUUAUUAUGUGUACCGGCCUUUCCUCGACUCCGAAUUCUAUAUCCAUCCCUGGACAAAAAGACUUUGGAAAACCUAUUUUGAACCAUACCCGGCUCGGGAUAGAGGGUGCGUCAUUGGCAUGUGACCCGGCGGUGAAGUCUGUGACUGUGAUUGGCGCAUCGAAGUAUGGAUACGAUGCCGUGUAUAUGAUGGCCUCACACGGUAAGCGCGUGGAAUGGAUCAAUCGCAAGUCGGGCGGGGGUGCUGUGCUGAUGGCAUUGCCUUGGGUUUGGUUUGGACGUUGGCGGGUCAAGCUUGAGGGCCUAACCACCACACGGUUUGUCACUUGGUUCAGUCCUUGUAUCUGGGGGAGCUGCGAUGGCUUUGGAUGGUUGAGAAGGCUACUCCAUGGAACAGCCCUGGGAAGAUGGCUAGUGCGUUCAUUCUGGGACAAGAUGACCGCGGAUGUCGCUGAGGUGAAUGGCUACCGGAAGGUGGACGCAUUGAAGCAUCUAGAGCCAGAUGAAGGUCUAUUCUGGACGGGCCGCGUUGGGAUUCUCAGCUAUCCCCAGCAUAUCUAUGAUUUCGUCCGGUCAGGGCAAGUGACAGUAAGUAGGAAGGACAUAUCACACCUAUCAGAGCAGGGAACCGUCCACUUCACCGAUAGAACAUCUCUCAAGACCGACGCCCUCAUUGCCAUCACCGGCUGGGAUCUAGCCCCAACAGUCACGUAUGAGCCAAGGGGCCUAGAUAUAAGCCUUGGGGUUCCGACCCGCGACAUGUCUGACGAACAAAGCUUCUGGGAUCGGUUCGACCGUGCUGCCGAUGAAGAGAUAUUGACGCAGUUUCCAGCUCUGCGUCACCAGCCGAAAGCGAAGGUCCCAUUCAAACCAGGCGUGAGCCCGUUCCGGUUCUACCGUGGCAUUGCACCACCGCAGUUGACCGCUGAAGGAGACCACUCCAUCGCAUUCAUGAAGAUGAUCAAUGGCCCGAGCAACGCCCUUCUUGUCGAGGCCCAAGCUCUUUGGACAUAUGCUUAUCUCAACGACAAGAUCCCAGUUGACCGACCGAACGUGUAUUAUCAGACAGCCCUGACGAGUCGAUUUGGCAAGCACCGAUAUCCCUGCGGCUUUGGAUCCUGGUAUCCAGAGACGGUCUUCGAUGCGAUGCCAUAUGUGGAUAUGCUUUUGAUGGACCUUGGAAUCAACCGAUGGCGAAAGGCCAGCUGGAUCCGGGAGGCAUUUGAGGAGUAUUCCAUCCACGAUUACCGCGGGAUCAAUCGGGAGUGGAGGGAAGUGCAGCAGCAGAAGAGAAAUGCCGCACCUCUGCCUUAG